UUUUUGUAGAAUUUAGGUGAUCUUUCUCCUUUGAGGAAAAGCGCUUUAUCUUUCGUUUUAAUAAUUAAAUUAACUAUGUUUUAUAUAUUUAAUCCGCUGUUUGUCUUUUAUAUAUUUGACAUAUGAAAAAAAUAAAGUUUUACCUUUAUCUGAAGUCUGAAGUUAAUUUUAACUCAAAUUUCGCCUUGUUUACAUCUUGCGGCGUGAACAUCCCACAGUUCAAAGGUUGCAUCAGAGGUAAUAUCAAACUCUUCCUGGAUGAGAUUUUCCUUGAUUGUGGAGGAAGAGCGUAGUAUUCGCUAACCACUCUAGAGAAAAACUGACAAGAUGCUUAAAGCAAUUGGUUAUAUCUUAUUAGGCAGCUUCAUAACAUUUGUUUUUCUAAUCAGUGGAUUGAUUAUAAAUGGUUUACAAGCUUUAACAUAUGUACUUUUAUACAACUCAAAUCGAUCACUGUACAGAAAGAUUAACUACUACUUAAUUUAUACUUCAUGGGCACAAAUACUUGCAAUGUGUGAAUGGUGGUCAAAUUCUGCAUGUAAUCUUUAUGGAGAUGAAGAAAGUCUAGCACAUUUUGGAAAAGAUCACACUAUGGUAGUGAUGAAUCACAAAUAUGACACUGAUUGGUUGAUGUGUUGGUUUGUUUGUGAUAAGCUUCAAAUGCUUGGAAAUGCUAAAACAUGUGCCAAAAAGUCUUUGAGGAACGUUCCAGUGAUUGGCUGGGGAUGGGUUUUUGCUGAAAUGAUAUUUUUAGAAAGAAACUGGGAGAAGGAUAAGCUUAUACUUGGAACAAAGUUGGAUAAUCUUGUCUCAUAUGAUGAUCCUAUCAUGCUUCUUUAUUUCUGUGAGGGUACAAGAUUUACUCCUGCAAAACAUGAAGCCAGCAUGGAGUUCGCGAAAGCACGAAAUUUGCCUCUGUUAAAGCAUCACCUUUGUCCCAGAACUAGCGGUUUCAAUUUUGCUGUGUCUCAUAUGAAAAAUAAAAUGAAUGCUAUCUAUCAAGUUCAGUUGGGUUUCCCAGAAGGCGAACUUAAACCUACAUUUUCAAAUAUGUUGCGAGGGCACAGAUUUGUUGGUGAUAUGUAUGUGAAAAGGAUUCCUAUGAGUGAAAUACCAAUGGAUUCUGAUGAAGCAACAACAAAAUGGUUACAUCAAUUAUAUCAAGAAAAGGAUAAACUAAUGGAUGAUUAUUUGAAAACUAAUAAAUUCCCUGGGAAAUGCAUCAGACUGCAGCGCAGUUACUAUUCACUGGUGCACUCAUUAUUAUGGAUAUGUCUUGUAGGGGUUCCUGUUAUAUACCUCAUAUUUAGAUUGUUAACCAUGGGAAGUAUGUGGGUGACAUCCCUCACUUUUACUGUGAUAGCAUUAUUAUUCACUGCAAUGUACAUGAUGGUACGUGUCACGAAGGCUGAUAAAGGAUCAUCAUAUGGGAAAGACAAAACAUCCCCAGAAAAGUCAAAAAAUGGCACAGUUAAGCCUGAAAAGACUUCUCGAACCUGCGAGGAUAAUGACACAUGUGUAGAAAAUAAAGAAAUACAUCCAGAGGUGCAAGAGCAAAAGACUGUACACCAGGAAGCUGGAGAUGGCAGUGAAAAUUUAUAGUUGAAGAAACAAAUUAUUUCUAUGAAGCUUACUGCAUUGUGCAAUUUUCGAAUUAUAUAUAUUUUAUAAAAAACCUUUUGUGUAAAAAGUGAUCUACAAUGCUUUAAAAAAUUUAUAAUACCUAAAAUUGUAAAUAUAAAUACAUGUGAGAAUUACAUGUGAAAUAUUGUAGCUCCUUGAAGAGCUGUGAUGUGUGGAGAUUAAAUUUUAGAUGUUUGCCUGUUGUUUGGCAUGCUUCCUUAGAAAUGGUGCACGUGCCAAUAUAUAAUUGUGAAGUUGUUUGUAAGUUAAACUUUUAAACAUUUUGAAUUUGUAAAUGUAUUUUAUUACUGUUUUCAGUACUUAAAAAAUGAUUUUCUAUUGGAACACCACAACAAAGAAUAUCUAUUCAAGAGCAACUUUUUAAAUCUGAUGUAGUUCUUUGAUGUUUUCGUAUUUUGAUGCUGUGAAUUGUUCUUUUUAAUGAUGUAAAUAUUUCUUUGACAGUUGAAUGAAUGCUGUGAUGUAAAUUUUGGAUGAAAUGUGUAUAAUUAAUUAUGUGUACAAAAUUGAAGAAAUAUUCUUGCAUUAUCUUUUUCAUCUUCAUAUGAUGUCUUCCUUCUCAGGUUUUGUAUCUAAAAAGCCAAUUUUUUUGUAAAUGCAAGACUUUCUGUGAAUGCUCUUUUUCAUAACUGCACAGACUUUUUUUCUUUCAUAUACAAUUUCAAAAUUUAUUCUGUCUUAAGUGCCUUAAAAUUUAAGAGACAUUUUUACUGUACAAACUACCAACCAUCAAAGUUAUUAGAGCAGAAUAAAAAUUUUUGUUUGUAUUCUGGGAAUGUUUCAUUUUUAAGCUGAGAAAAUUCAAAGCUUAUUUUAGACAUAUGUGUAUAGUUAAUUAGUAUUAUAUUUAAAAUUUUUGAUUACAGGAAUUAUUUCAGCAUAUAUAUAUACACUGGAUGAGAUUAGAUGUAGAUUAUAGAAAAGCACAUGAAGAUUUUAUAUAGAUAGUAGAAAAAGUGAGAAUAGUACAUGUUAGGUAAUAGUACAUUUCCUAACGUUAAGGAAGCAAAAAUAGGAGGUUAAUCCUGAAAUCAAAUGCAGAUUAAAUUAUAAACAAAGCAUUUAAUUAAGUUGAUAAGAUCACACUCAUAUUAUGAUCUAGAAAUAUAUAUUUGUAUACUUAAUUAGUCUUUAAAUAUAUUAUGUUUGCUUAGAAACUGGCUGAGUGAAUUUAGACAAAAUUAUAAGUAAUUUUGUUUCAUUUACAAACUAUUUGAAUUUUUUUAAAUUCCUUAAUUACAGUAGUUAUUGCAUGAAAAACAUUUAAAAGUGUUGUUUAACUGUCAAUUUAUUGAAUUCAAUGCUUUAUGUAUUGUUAUAAUUUAUUUACUUAUCUGAAACUUCACCACACCAUCUAGCAAAAUCUUUUCCUGGUUGUACGAAACUAAUUGCUCUGAUAUUCUUUGUCUCAUUUGAUUUCCACACUUUUAUUUCAUAUAAUUUUUUAUUGCCAUAAACAUUUUUGUCUGUUGCUUUUUUUUCCCCUGUUAUGUUCAUAAAAUAAAGUAUUUAUAAUUUUUUAAA